AUGAAUAGCAAGCUCAAGUCGAAGAUAUUGGCCGCCCUUUUUGCAAUGCCCGAAGUCGCGACGCCGGGUGAUCGCACCUCCGGCCAGACUCUACGCUCAAGCACUACGCUAUGUUCAGACGAGGCUCCAGCCAUACGUGGAAGCCGUCACGAACAGCAACGCAGACAGCAAACACUAGAGAACGAACAGGCUCGCGAAGAACUCCGAAAGCACGGCAUUAAAGUCCGUGACUUCCAAGUCGAAGUUGAUGCUCGGAAGCGCCACAGUGCAGCAACUCCAACAACAAAACGUGUUGACAGUACGCACUAA